AUGUCUUAUUAUCAAGAACCAUAUUAUAAUAAUGUUUCUGCCGACCAGCCAGAAUCAUAUCAAAGAGGAUAUGAUGGUGGAGGACAACCGGCAAGCAAUUAUACUAAUCCACGAGUUCAAGAAAACAAUAAUCCUUACUCAACACCAAAUUUAAAUACAAGAGGUUCGGAUUCUUACAUGAGCUCUUCUACGGCUGUAGGUACACCACGUGGUAGAACAGAUGAUAACGACAGUGCAUCGAUAACUUCUUCCAUUUAUUCUCAACCAAGUGUUACGGGAGGUGCGCCUUCAAGUAAUAUGCAAUAUUAUCAAGGACAAUCUUUUAAUCCAAUAGAGCCACGCGGUCAGUUCGUGCGUAAUGAGCCGCAUCUUCAUCAUGAUGAUGAUCCACCUUCCCCUUCCACAAAUACACAGAGUAGUGCAGUAGGACUCACAGCAGGAUCUCAACAAUGUUAUCAGAAUGAAAAAAAUUAUAUACCGGACUAUUUGGAAGAAAGUCAUUAUCAAGAUUUUCCACCAAAUUCACAAGUACAAUUUGAAGUUUAUGAUGAUUCAAAUAUUAACUAUCAGAAAGGUGAACCGUAUGAUCAACAUUAUCAAAAUCAUUCCCCAAACUCACAACCGCAAUUAGAUGUUUAUAAUGAUUUUAAUAACAUUAAUAAUAACUAUCAGAAGGAUGAACCGUACGAUAGUCGUUAUCAAGAUUAUUCAACAAAUCCACAACCGCAAUUAGAUGUUUAUAAUGACUUUAAUAACAACUAUCAGGAGGAUGAAACUUACGAUGAUGACGGAACACGCCAUAAUACACUAACAGGACAUGAUCCCAAUUCAUAUGCUAUGAAUAUUGAUAAUGUAAUGGGCACAGGAAAGGCCCGACAUUCCGCAACCGGAGAUCACUUUGUAGUUACCCCUAAAAAGGGACGACGAUGUGCUAUCUGUUCAAGAAAAACUUGCGUGAUAACUAGUUUUAUCAUUUUAGUGUUAUUAGCAGGUGGAAUGUAUUUUGUAUGGCCACGUAUUCCUAAAAUUGCAAUUUUACCACCAUCACCAGUGGGUAAUCCAGUAAUUACCUUAAAUCCCGUAGCUGCAAAAUUGGAUAUGGAAUUGCAAAUCGAAUUUGACAAUAGAGAGAAUUGGUUACCCUAUAAAUUCAAAUCAUUUAAUGUUGAUGUCUUUAAUGAGGCAAGACUUAGUUCAUAUAACAGACCACUUACUACUAGUAGCAAAAAAGGGUUUUCAAUUCCAGGAAGGGCAAAAUCAAUAAUUUUCGUUCCUAUUUCGAUUGAUUAUAGCGGUUCACUACCAACUGAUGCGAUAGUUCAAGAUUUUAUUAGCGCAUGUACUCAACCACCGGAAGGUGAAACUAGGGGAGUUUUGAAUCUUAGUUUUGACUUUAAAAUGUUGAUAUGGGGAUUAGAUUGGGUUCAGAAACCAAUAAAACGCGUUCCAUUAUCAGACUUCCAAUGUCCAUUUGAAGUUACACGUCCAUCAGCAUCGGAUGCACCUGCGGACCCC